AUGUCGUUAUGGUCUGUUCGUAUCGUGAUCACCAGGUUCUGCAACUCCUCGAGCACUCAGGUUCCUCGAUUCCUCUCUUCUCCUUUCCUUCUUCUUCGUUCCACUUCUGUCCGGAACAAUUUACUGCCCCGUUUUCAUGCUUCCAUAUCUCGUUGUUGUUCUUCUGUGUGCGUCGAUUCGCGAAGAGAGUCAACGCACACAGAAAACUCUGCUAUUGAUUCGGCUCUUGACUCGGUGGUGAAGAUCUUUUGCUUCUCUAGCGAGCCAGAUGUUGCUGAACCUUGGAAGAAUAGUUGGGUGGGGUUAGCCACGGGCUCUGGAUUCGCAAUUUUCGGAAGGAGGAUUCUUACAAAUGCUCAUGUUGUAGAAGAUCACUCAUACUUGCAAGUGAAAAAGCAUGGUUCACCCACUAAGUACAGAGCAAUAGUUGAAGCGGUUGGGGAUGAAUGUGACUUGGCCAUCUUAGCUGUUGAUAAUGAAGAGUUUUGGGAGGAUUUAAAUCCUUUGGAGCUUGGAGACAUACCCUCUAUCGGCGAAACUAUCUUCGCUUUAGGUUAUCCUCGUGGUGGUGACACUAUUUCUGUUACAAAAGGUAUUACAUCGAGAGUUGAACUUACUAAUUACUGUCAGAGCUCCACCGAGCUAUUGACAAUACAAAUAGAUGCAACUGUUAAGCAUGGAAAUAGUGGUGGUCCGGUCAUAAUGGGAAAUAAAGUUGUUGGUGUAGCAUUCCAAGGUCUUCCAAGGUGUGAAAAUAUAGAGUACAUAAUCCCAACUCCAGUAAUUAAGCAUUUCUUAAGUGUUGUUGAAAAAAACGGUUACUACAUUGGUUUCGAUUUGCCGGAUAUAUCGUGUCAAGCUAUGGAGAAUUCUCAAAUACGUAAAAACUUUAAAAUGAAUCAUGGAAUGUCAGGAAUUCUUAUAAAUGAAAUAAAUCUGGUGUCAGCUGCUCAUAAAGUUCUGAAAAAAGACGAUGUCAUUCUUGCAAUUGAUGGCGUUCCUAUUGGAAAUGACGAGAAAUUUGUAUUUCGGGGAAAAGAACGGGUAAAUUUCAAUCAUUUGGUUUCUAUGAAGAAACCAGGUGAGACAGGUCUAUUUAAGGUCUUAAGGGAUGGAAGAGAACAUGAGUUCAAAAUCAGUUUAAACUCAGUGCAACAACGGCUGGUUCCGGUGCGCAAAUUUGAUACAAAUUGUUACGUAUUUGCGGGUUUUAUCUUUGUGCCUCUUUCUAAGCCAAACAUUGAAAAUUCUUCUGGCGCCAUAUGUGACUGUACAUUAAAAAGGAGGCCCCAAAAACCUGUUCACGAGAUUAUCAUAAUUUCUCAGGUGUUAUGGGAUGUCAUCAACGUAGGAUACUCUAGUUUCAAAAACUUACAGGUGAAGAAAGUGAACGGAGAGGAAGUAGAGAGUAUGAAUCACCUACGUAGACUCAUAAAAAAAUGUCGCACCGAGGAUUUGAGGUUGGACUUAGAAAAGGGAAAGGUUAUAGUCUUGAACUAUAAAUCUGCAAGAAAAGAAACUUCGUUGAUCUUGGAACGUCAUAGAAUACCAUCGGCCAUGUCUUAGAACUUUUAACAAAAACUUUUCAUGAGUAUGUCAUAUAUAUGUCCUAAUUAACUAAGAAACUAUUGAGA